AUGGCUGGAGAACUUGUGUCAUUUGGAAUAGAAAAGCUUUAUGACUUACUGAAUGCAGAUGCCAAGAAACAUACAAGUGCGGUGGUAAGACAUUGUAUUGAAGAGAUCAAGGAAAUUGUUUUUGAUGCAGAAGAUAAAAUUGAAACAUAUCUUCUUAAGGAAGGACUCCGAAGAACGAGUAAGAGCAUCAAGAAGCGUAUCAGAAGACUUGCUUGCAUCAUUCCAGAUCGCAGGGAAAUUGCUUCUGAUAACCGAUGCAUAAGUAAAAGAAUAUCUAAGGUGAUAUGCGCUAUGAAAGAUUUUGGAGUGCAACAGAUUAUUUUGGAUGUUGGGGAUUCACAACCUCUUCAAGAAAGACUAAGGGAGAUGCAACAAGAAUUUCCUAGGGAGUACAAAAAUGAUCUUGUGGGGCUAGACACAAAUGUUAAGGAAUUGGUUGGAUAUUUGGUGGAGGAAGGUGAUGUUCAAGUGAGGAUAACAAUCCCAAAGAAAGACGCAUUAGAACUGAAUAAGGUUGAUGGGGAAAUGGAAAAGAUGAGUAAAGAAAUGAUCAAACAUUGUGGGGUAUUGCCUUUAGCUGUCAGAGUAUUAGGAGGCUUAUUGGCUGAAAAAUACACACUGCACAAUUGGAAACGAGUAUCUGAGAAUCUUGGAUCUCAUUUAUGUGGAAGAACAUAUUCAUUUUACUAUAUAUUGUCUCUGAGCUUUGAAGAGUUGCCUAGUUAUUUGAAGCAGUGCUUCCUCUAUUUAGCUCAUAUUCCAGAAGAUUUUGCAAUAGAUGUUGAGAAAUUGACUUAUUACUGGGCUGCAGAAGGAAUACUCAAACAUGAGUAUUUAGAAAGAGAAAGCGUUGAGAUGUUACAGAUGACUACAUACAAGAGUUGGGAAGCUUCAAAUUGGAUGGCAUGGGAUUUGUUCUUUACAAGGCUACAGUUGUUGAGGGUUUUAGAUCUGUGUAGUGCCGUCUCUUUUGAAGGAGGAAAGUUACCUUCUGGCAUUGGAAAGCUCAUACACUUGAGGUAUCUAAGCUUAAAAGGUGCUAAG